AUGGCUGAUCCUGAGCUUGUUUGGAUCGGCCUCAACGCCAUACUGGCAGUGUUCGCAUCGGAUAAUGCGGAGCCGUCCACUGGCACCCUGGGCAUCGUCAAUGGCGCGCCAAUUGGGCACCCCGAGCAGUGGUUCAUAGGAAAGCCCUGUCACGCCGAGGAGCGCAACGCAGUGAAAGAUCCGUUCAAUGGUCGAAGCCUUGCGAACCACGUGCGCAUGUCGAAGCAUCACCGAGCCGACUGGUCGAACGCGGGAAUGUUCAGGGAGUUCGUUGCAAUGGAGAUCGAUAUAAAGGCCAUGGAUAAAGAUCAGUCGGCCUUUAUUGAACAGCAUAACGAAAACACGAGGAGCACUACAAGUAUAUCCAUGCUGAUUCGGUCAGAGUCAAGAAGGAGGCCAAAGAGAAGGCUCGUGAAGGAAGAAGAAGGAAAGUCCGAGGCAUGA